AUGCGUGCAGUCGAGGUUAAAUGGCUCGGCAUGCGCCAACAACCUGGGGAAUCUAUUCCUGCUUUUGCUGACCGCGUGGAAGACAUUGCUCACAUCAAGGAAACCCUGUCUGGCGUUUCGGUGUUGGAUGCUCAGAUGAGCGAAAGACUUGCUGAUGGUUUGACUGACGGUGACUCUAUCUUGGCUAAAAGUCUUAUCGAUCCCUUAUUGAAGAUGCCCUAUGAGGAGUUUAAGCAGUCUAUGCUCAGCUUCCUUGAGUCUAUGAACAGUGCGGCACAUCUCAACUUCCUCAAAGGCUCGUCAAAGUCAUCUCAGCUGCCUCAAAAUCUCCGUCAGUCAUCGCCGAAGCGAGCCGAGGGUAACUCCAAUGCCAGUGAGGGCAAGGUACACUCGACCGUUGCACUGGAGCUGGGUUUGGACAAGGAUGCAUGCAUCCGUUGCGGGCAUGCAGGACAUCGCGCUGGUUCUUGUACUGGUGAUAUUAUAUACCGCCAACAUGACCGCUGUGAUCGUUGUGGCAAACUGAUCAUCGGUGAGACUACCAAAAGUCACAAAUGUGACCGUUCCCGUUUUCGGUGCUCUCGCUGCAACUAA